UUCAGGUCCAACUGAAGUCAUGCUUUGCACCUCCCUGCUGCCCUGCAACACCCAUUAGGCACAGAGCAUCAUCUGGGCUUCCACGACCUCGCCGAGAUGGCGGCGCCCGUGGCUCCACUGCUGGGUUUACUGAGGACACGGAGAGCCUUGUUUACGGCAGCGGGGAGGGCUGAUACCCGAGUCUGGAGCCGAUGGAAAAGCGGCGGGAGCAUUUUGCAGCUUCACCAGCGAGGCCUUUUCAAGGACGUGUUCCCGGCGGCGGGCGGGUUGCAGCAACUGCUGUUCGCCGGCGCGCAGAGCGUGUACUGCGGCUUCGACCCCACAGCCGACAGCCUGCACAUCGGCAACCUGCUCGCUCUCGUCGGGCUGCUGCACUUGCAGCGCGCCGGCCACCGCGUCCUACCGCUGUUGGGGGGAGCCACGGCUCGGCUGGGCGACCCCAGCGGCCGCAGCAGCGAGCGAGAGGCGGUGAGCGCGGACACGGUGCGGGAGAACGCCCAGAGCAUCCGGGAGGGGAUCCUCGGCGUCUUCCGCAACCAUCGCGCCUGCUUCUGCACCGAUGCCGAGGCCGCAUCCUUGGGCCCAGUCAGCGUGGUCAACAACUCGGACUGGUAUGAGGGCAAGAAAGUGGUCGAUUUCAUCGACACCGUAGGGAGGCACUUUCGUAUGGGCACCAUGCUGAGCAGGCACAGUGUGCAGUCCCGCCUUAAGAGCCCCGAGGGGAUGAGCUUAACCGAGUUCACUUACCAAAUGUUUCAAGCGUACGACUUCUAUUACUUAAAUCAACACCAUGACUGUAGGAUUCAGCUGGGAGGGACGGAUCAACUUGGCAACAUUAUGUCCGGAUACGAAUUCAUUAGCAAGGUGACUGGACAGGACGUCUAUGGCAUCAUGGUACCACUUGUAACCAGUGCAUCAGGAGACAAACUGGGGAAAACUGCAGGAAAUGCGGUAUGGUUAAACAGAAACAAGACUUCGCCCUUUGAACUCUAUCAGUACUUUGUCAGGCAGCCGGAUUCACAUGUGGAAAGAUAUCUGAAACUUUAUACCUUUAUCCCACUUCCUGAGAUUGAACGCAUCAUGGUCAAUCACAACAUAGAUCCAGGAAAGCGAAUUGCUCAAAAACGACUAGCAGCAGAAGUCACAAAAUUGGUCCAUGGCAAAGAAGGGUUAGAAUCUGCCAAAAGAUGUACAGAUGUGCUCUAUCAUAACAGUGUGGAUGCACUAGAGACCAUGUCAGUUGAAGAACUAAAAGAAUUGUUUAAAGAAGCAUCAUUCUCUGAGAAUCUGCUUGAGCCAGGUACAACAGUGCUGGAUCUUUGUCGCAAAGCCAACGCUAUUCCAGAUGGCCCCAGAGGGUACCAGAUGAUCAUGGAUGGUGGGAUUUGGAUUAAUCACUUACGAGUGACUAAACCAGAACAAGUGCUGGUUUUAAAGCAACAUAUUCUGACAAAUGGACUCUCAUUGCUUAGAGUUGGAAAGAAAAAUUAUCAUAUUGUGAAAUGGCUCAAUCUGAUAAUUUAGUCACCAAAGUUCAUGGUUGUUAUAGUGUCAUUGUUAUAAGUGGUAGGCAGAAUGAAGCAUUUGGUGCUGUGUUUUCCUCACUGAGGUAAACGUGAGUAAGCAACAGAGACCUGAAGAUGCAAACUUGAUCACAAUGUGCUAAAUUAGAAUAAUGCUGGAGUGCUUCUGAGUCAGGAUUAUACAGUAAAGUUAGAUUUGUAUAUUAGUUACUAAUUGACAUCUUUAAUCAAGUUGUAAAAUAAACCUAAAAAUUGAAUUCUCUGAAUGGGUGGUGGCACUGACUUAGAAUUGGAUAAUAUACUUUCUCAAACUAAACUAUUUGUGAAAUCAGUUCUUGGGGUUACUUACGGCCAUGUACUAAAUGCAUCCACUGUACUAUGUACUGACAUUUAUACUCGCUGAGUGAGGGAGGUAAUUAAAAUAACUGUUAUGAUGUCCAUCUACAUGAAACAUUAUUUGUAUAAAAUAAUCUUCUCGCAGUGUUGAGAAGAAUACCUCUGUACAGCAGUUAAAUAUGAAAUGAUUAA